UAACAUGUUUAAAUUACAUUGAUAGUAUAAUGAUUCAUUAUAAAUCCUAAUGGAAAAUGGGAAAGGACACGAGCCCCAACAUUGUGUCCACCCAAAAAUCAUCCAAAACAAAGCUAAGUUAGCCUUGUAUUGUUUCUGUGCAGUACUGUACGUUUGGUAAGUUUGUGGGUUGGGACAGUUGAUUCCCCGGAGGAAGAGUCUUUUUUUAGAGUUCGACUAAAUUCGAAUUCGCGCCAGGAAGUUCCAUAUUGAGGAACAAAAUGCAAUCCUAACAAAGACGAUUUUAUGCCCAGAGCUCGAACUUGAACCCUCUAGUUAAAGAUGAAGGAGAUCUUACACCCUACUACGACUCUUGUUCGUGGAGGGGGAGAGUCCUUAUCCAUGGAAGUCUUAGGACAACCAAUAAAAUGUAAUUUCUGAACGACAAGCUCAAUGAAAGCUAAGUCCAUUGUCUCCACAAACAAUUUACAAAAAUCACUUUAUUUUUCCCAAGUAUCUGCACGUGAAAUCCCAAUAAUUUCUCAUGCAUUUGUGGGGUCCUCUUUUUGCCAGCCACUUUCCUUUUGUUCUCUUGCCUACUGUCCAACUCCUAAGAAUCUCAUUCUCUUAGUCUUAGCUUAGCUCUACUCUCUUCUCCUCCUCCUCCUUCUAUGUUUUUAAACCUUUGUUGAGUUCAUCUUCAAAAGCUGCAAUUGUAGAACUUUAAAAAAACAAUGUCACUUUGCCAAUAUUCCAUUCUUUGUCUUCUGCUUUUUGUACUAUUCUUCACUUCUUCUGGAAAUGGAGCAUUUGGUCAUGCAGAUAAUGAACUACUUCUCCCACUCAAAACACUUCAAAGGAUACAACACAGCCAUUAUGGACCAAGUUGUUCAUCUCAAAAAUCAAGAAGUGAAAAUGGGGCAACAAUAUUAGAAAUGAAGCACAAAGAUUACUGCUCUAGAUCAAGAGAUGACUUGAAUGGAAGGCUGAAGAAACAAUUAGUAGCUGAUGAUAUUCGAGUUCGGUCAAUGCAAUCACAUAUCAAGAACAUUAGUUCUCAACAAGUUGAAACUUUAUCACAGACCACCCGAAUUCCUAUCACUUCAGGUGUCACAAUGCAGACUCUAAAUUACAUUGUCACAGUGACAUUAGGCGGUCGAAAUAUGACAGUAAUUGUAGACACAGGAAGUGAUCUUACUUGGGUUCAAUGCCAACCUUGUAGAUUGUGUUACAAUCAACCAGAACCUCUUUUCAACCCCUCAUUUUCAUCUUCUUAUCGAUCAGUUGUAUGUAAUUCAUCAGCCUGUCAAUCUCUUGUAUCUGCAACCGGGAAUUCAGGAUUAUGUGGUACUAAUUCACAAGCUUGUAAUUACCUUGUAAGUUAUGGAGAUGGAUCAUACACUAAGGGUGAACUUGGCCAGGAGCAUUUGGUUCUUGGAAAUAGUUCAGUUGACAAUUUUGUUUUUGGCUGUGGUAGGAAUAAUAGAGGUCUGUUUGGUUUAGCUUCAGGUCUUAUGGGACUUGGAAGGAGUGAUCUUUCCUUAAUAUCUCAAACUUCUAAUGUGUUUGGUGGCGUUUUCUCGUAUUGUUUGCCUUCAACUGACGCAGAGUCCUCUGGUUCACUAGUAUUUGGUGGUGAUGCUUCAGUUUUCAAGAACUCUACACCAAUCUCUUACACUAAAAUGGUUCCAAAUCCACAGCUUUUUAGCUUCUAUUUUCUCAAUCUAACUGGGAUGACUAUAGGUGGAGUUGUUGUUCAAGAUUCAAGUUUUGGCCAAAGUGGAUUUCUCAUUGAUUCUGGCACAGUUAUUACAAGGCUUCCUCCUUCCAUUUACAAAGCUGUUAAAGCUGAGUUCUUGAAACAAUUUUCAGGAUACCCUUUUGCACAAGGUUAUUCAAUUCUUGACACUUGUUUUGACCUCUCUGCAUAUGAAGAAGUGAACAUUCCAACCAUUAAAAUAUAUUUUGACGGCGGUGCUGAGAUGGAAGUGGAUGUUGCUGGUGUUUUCUAUUUUGUGAAGAGUGAUGCAUCUCAGGUAUGUUUGGCUUUGGCAAGCCUACAAUAUGAAGAUGAGACUGGAAUUAUUGGAAAUUUUCAGCAGAGAAACACUAGGGUCAUAUAUGACACAAAGCAGUCACAAGUUGGAUUUGCAAAAGAAACCUGCAGUUUCAUGUAGAUUGACAGAAAAUAUCUAAGGCCAAUAAUGACUCGUUGGCGAUAAUAUCUUUAGUAUUUUGCUAGACAGAGAUAACUAUUGGAGCUUUAUAUAUGGAGGAAGAUACAGAUAUUAUGGUUGGUAGUUAUUGUUAUGUAAAAUAUCCCUUAAACUUAUGUAACAGUUCAAUCCUUUCAUAAAAUGUGAAAACAGCAUAUUGACUA